GGAUGGGUCUUCUUUCCUGUUACGGUCUUGUAAAAAUCUCUUUAAUUACAUAUUUUUUUCAUUUCGUGGGAAAAAAACAAACUCCCAAUCUGAAAUGAGCAUUGCUGUUUUAUAUGAACUUGUUUUGUUGUUCAUCCGAUUAUGUCGCUAAAACUAGGCUUUGUUUUUAAAUUUUCCUGGAGAAAUGAGGUUAGAAAGAUUCGUGAGAGAAAAGGGGAAAUUUCUAAGUUUCCACUUUCCAGGCAGACCCAAAGACAUGAAGUUCAAUUCCUGUUUCUCAAAAUGUUUUUCUUUACCAUCAGAAACAGCUAUCAUCGACAUACGCAAAGAGGAACCUGAACCAGGAAAUGAUCAGAAUUUUACUGUCUUCUCUUAUAGUGAGCUCAAAGUUGCCACUCAUGGAUUCUCUGCUUCAAACAAGAUCGGAGAAGGUGCCUUUGGUUCGGUCUACAAGGGCCUGCUUACAAAUGGUUCUAUUGUAGCUGUAAAAAUGCUUUCAAUUGAACUGGAAUCCAUGCGUGGGGAAAGGGAGUUUGUGUCUGAAAUAACUACACUUACAAAUCUUAAACAUGAAAACCUUGUCACACUUGUAGGUUGCUGUGUUGAGGGAACUAAAAGGUUCUUGGUUUACAAUUACAUGGAAAAUAAUAGCUUGGCGCAGGUAUUACUAGGUGGAGAGCAAAACAGGAUCAAACUCAGGUGGGGAGCAAGGGGAAGGAUUUUGCUCGGGGUCGCUCGAGGGCUUGCGUAUCUUCACGAGGAAGUUAAGCCACACAUUGUGCACAGAGACAUUAAAGCUAGCAACAUACUUUUGGAUCAAAAUUUAUUACCGAAAGUUUCAGAUUUCGGGCUUUCAAGAAUUUUGAGGGAUAAUGCUUCUCAUAUUAGUACCCAUGUUGCAGGCACAUUAGGCUAUCUUGCCCCAGAAUAUGCCAUCAGUGGACGUUUAACAAGGAAAACAGAUGUUUACAGUUUUGGGGUCCUACUUUUGGAAAUUAUCAGCGGCCAGACAGUUGUCAAUUUUGACUUAGAACAUGGUGAACAUUACCUGGUUCAAAAGGCAUGGGACCUAUACAGGGCUAACAGGCUUCUGCAAUUGGUGGAUCCUGUACUAGGUAUGAACUACCCUGAAGAAGAUGCGGUUCGAUACAUCAAGGUGGGUCUCCUUUGCGUUCAAGAAACAGCCAGGUUCCGACCAGAAAUGUCAACAGCCCAGAAAAUGUUGACUAAUGAGAUAGACAUAGAAGGAGUUCAGAUUUCACAACCUGGUCUUGUUGCUGAUCUGAUGAACAUCAAGUUGGGACACAAGACAACGUUUCGGAGCCUCUACACUAAAGCCUCAAACAUGGAAAGCACCCCAAGCUCCCUGAGCUCUUGUUCUUGACUUGCUGCCUCUAUUUUUCUUUUGGGAGAACUAAUCACUGUUUCUCCAUAACAUUGUAACAGUUCCUAUACGGUCCUGAAAAUAUUGUACAAAGAAAAAAGAUAGAGAGAGAAGAAUAGCAUUUUCCCACUACAA